GGACCUUGCACCUCUGCCUUGCCUCCUCGGAGGAGACAACCGCCGAUGGCCUCACGUCAACGUCCCUGCUGGAGUUUGCUGUGAUGUCCCACCUGGAAGCCAUGAAUUCCCAUGAACAAGCCAGCCCGGAGCCUGCAGAGCCUGAUCUUGCCCCUGUCUCUCUGCAUGCUGCCCCAGGAUCAGGCUUUGCCAGCGAGGAGAAUGAGGAGUCCAAGAUCUUACAGCCCCCACAGUACUUCUGGGAAGAUGGUGGGGAGCUCAAUGACUCCAGCCUGGACUUGGGACCCACAACAGAUUACAACUUUCCUGCUGCAUCUCAGAAGGCCGGGCAGAAAGGGAACAGGACACGGGUGAAGGACAACUGGGCACCAGCCACUGUCCAGCCAGCAGCAGAAUUUGUUGAUCCUGACUCACACACACCUUUCUCCAGCACACUAGAGGAGGAGGAGGGGCUGCUCCCCAUAGAGCACUCCAGAGGAGGACAAGAGGAGGAUUCUGUUUCCCCAGGCUCAGACCUUGGGAGUAGCAUGGGACCAGCUCUUCUGCCUGUGUCCUCUGUUUUUUCACCUACUGUUGCUGCAAGGUCUCCCAGUGAUUCAGAAGAGUCCUUUGAGGUGACAGCCGGGGACACGUGGGCUGUUGGAGGAGCAGAUUCGGAGCUGACUGUGACUACGACAAGAGCAGAGCUUGCAGAGACCACAGUGGAGGAUGAUGGGGAAGAGCUUUCAUCCAGAGAGGAGGUCUCGGAGACCACGGUGGGGUGGGAGAUGCUGGAGCCCACGGUGCUAACUGAGAUAGAGCAGACAGUGGAAACGCUUGUGGGGACACCCUCUCCUGCAGGCAGCUCCCCAGACACCCAGACUUUAUCUGGGAGUGAGCAACACCACACUUCAUCUGCAUCUCCGUGGGACAGGGCUGAUGAGCCUGUGCUGGAUCCCAUUUGGAAUGACACCGAGCCAGCCACUGAGACUGCAGCAGCAGAGAGGAGCUUGUCACCACAGGCUGGGGAUGCCCGCAUGCCCAUGCUGCCCACGGAGCUGCCCUGGGACUCAGCACAGGUGAUCUGCAAAGACUGGAGCAACCUUGCGGGGAAGAACUACAUCAUCCUGAACAUGUCGGAUAACAUUGACUGUGAGGAGUUUCGGCUGGAGAAGGGUCCCCAGCUGCUGGCACUGGUGGAGGAUGCCUUCUCCAGACAGGCGGAUGGACUGCAGGACCGCUGGCUCAUCUCUCUGAGCAAACCCAACGAGAACGACAAGCACUUGCUGAUGACUCUGGCAGGGGAACAAGGCGUCAUCCCUACAAAAGAUGUUCUCCUGGCACUGGGGGACAUUAAGAGGAGCUUAGCCGAGAUUGGCAUCCAGAACUACUCAACCACUACAAGCUGCCAGUCGCACCCCAACCAGACACGCAGUGAUUAUGGGAAGCUCUUCGUGGUCCUGGUGAUCAUCGGCUCCAUCUGUGCCAUCAUCAUUGUACUGGGGCUCAUAUACAACUGCUGGCAGCGACGCCUGCCCAAGAUGAAGAACAUGUCGCACGGCGAGGAGCUGCGCUUUGUGGAGAACGGCUCAGUGGCCGGUAACAGCCAGUCGGAGAUGCAGGAGAAGAAGCCGAGCGUGAACGGUGGGAACACCAUCAAUGGCCCUGAGAGCUGGGACGUGCUCAUCAACAAGCAGGCGAGCGAGGAUGUGGAUGUGUUUGAGGAAGACACGCAUCUCUAG